AGCUAUGUAUACUUUAGUGGAUUCCAAAUAAUAAAAUUAUAAGCAGCAAAGCUAGUUCUUCCUUCUUCUUCUUUUUUCUUUUUUUUUUUUUUUUUUAACAUAUAUAUACAAACAUAUUUUGAUUUGAUCCCAGCGAAAAACCAUGGCUUUGAAACGAAGGAACUUGCAGCAACUGCUACUGGUAGUACUAGGAAUAUUAUUAUCACUAUCAGCAACAAAAGCAACAUCCCAAAUAACAAAACCAGGCUGCUUAGAAAGCUGUGGCUCCAUCAGCAUUCCUUACCCUUUUGGCAUCUCCAAUGGGUGUUAUCAUGAUGAAUCUUUUCUGGUCAUCUGCAACAGCUCUUUCAAUCCUCCGAAACUAUUUUUCCCUCAAAGUGAUGUUCCCAUAAUCAGCAAUAUAUCACUAGAUGAUGGUGAGCUUCGAGUGGCGAGCCCCAUAUCCCGGGAAUGCUACAACAAGCUUGGCAAUCUCACAACCACUCCAGAUGAGUCCACCACAACCAUGGGCACCAAUUCCAGAUUUCCCUUAUCGACGCGAAACAAGCUCACUGCCGUUGGCUGCGACACGCUUGGCCUUAUAAUGGGUCUGAGUGGAAGAAACUAUACUACUGCAUGUGCUACGAUGUGCAAUCAAAUUGAGGAUGUCACAAACGGUACUUGCAAGGGGGUUGGUUGUUGUCAGAUGUCUAUUCCUGAUGGUGUAAUCGAUUAUUUUAUUUCUGCUUCAGGAUUGACCAAUAACCACACUGAUGUACACAGUUUCAAUCCCUGUAGUUUUACUUUUGUAGCUGAGGAUUACAACUUUUCGUCCUUGGAUCUUCUCAGCUUACGGAACCGGGAUACCGUUCCUGUGGUGCUGGAUUGGAGUGUUGGAAAUGAGACUUGCGAAAUUUCUGAACGGGACAUGUCUUCGUAUGCAUGCAUCUCAGCGAAUAGUGAGUGUCUCAAUUCCAGCAACGCCGGCGGAUACCGCUGCAGGUGCUCCCAAGGUUACCAUGGAAACCCCUAUUUGCUUGAUGGUUGCCAAGAUUUGGAUGAGUGCGAGAGUAAUCCAAACCCCUGCGCUCACGAGGCAACAUGCAAGAACUCAAUUGGGAGGUUUAAUUGCUUAUGUCCCAAGGGUUACGAAGGGGACGGGAAGAGAAAUGGAACAGGGACAGGGUGCACAAAAAUUGGUCGUAAGGAUCAGACUUCAUUAAGACUUGGUAUUGCGCUGGGUAUAUGUGUUGGCCUAUUGGUACUAGUAGUUGGAGGUUCAUGCAUUUACUGGGAAUUGAGGAAAAGAAAGCUCGACAAACUUAAAGAGCAUUUCUUCCAACAAAAUGGUGGAAUUUUGCUUCAACAGCAACUCUCUCAGUACAGAGGCUCUGUAGAUAUGGCCAAAGUUUUUACCAUAGAAGAACUCAAUGAGGCCACCAAUAAUUAUGAUGAAAGUAGGAUUCUCGGCCAAGGAGGAUAUGGGACUGUAUACAAAGGAGUGUUAGCAGACAAAAGGAUGGUUGCCAUUAAGAAAUCCAAAAUUGGUGACCAGAGCCAAAUCGAGCAAUUCAUCAAUGAAGUGAUUGUUCUUUCCCAGGUUAACCAUCGAAAUGUGGUGAAGCUAAUUGGUUGUUGCUUGGAGACAGAGGUUCCCUCACUAGUCUACGAGUUUAUUACAAACGGGACACUUUCUGAUCAUAUUCAUAACAAAGGCAAGUACCCGUCGCUUUCUUGGGAGUUGCGUCUGAAAAUAGCAACGGAAACUGCAAGUGCACUUGCAUACUUGCAUUCCUCAACUUCCAUGCCAAUCAUCCACAGAGAUGUUAAGGCUGCUAAUAUACUCUUGGAUGACAGCUACACAACUAAAGUUGCUGAUUUCGGAGCUUCAAGGCUGGUUCCUCUUGAUCAAACCGAAUUAACCACUUUGGUGCAGGGAACACUGGGAUAUUUGGACCCUGAAUACUUCCAUACCAGCCAACUAACAGAAAAGAGUGAUGUCUAUAGUUUUGGAGUUGUGCUGGCAGAGCUACUAACAGGGGAGAAGGCACUUUCUUCUAAUAGGGGAGAGUGCAAUAGAAAUCUGGCAUUGUUCUUCGUGUCAUCGGUGAAAGAGGAUCGUUUACUUCAUAUUCUUGAGAGUCAUAUAGUGGCUGACGAUGAAAGAACUAUUGAACAGGUGAAGGUGGUGGCUAAUCUUGCAAAAAGGUGCUUAGGGGUGAGAGGAGAAGAGAGGCCUAGUAUGAAAGAAGUCGCAUCAGAGCUUGAGGGACUAACCAAGGAAAUGCAUCCAUGGAGACAACAUGAUCUGUUACGAUCUGAAGAGGCUGAGUAUCUUCUAAAACCUUUUGAUGUAAGUGAAGAUGAGCAUGGCGCCAGUUGCAGCACCACAACUGCUGGGUUCGAUAGCAUGAAAAAUCAUAUAAUAAUGCCAUAUGACGAUGGGCGAUAAGCUGUUUUUAUGUAAUUUUUUAAGUUUUUAUUAUUAUUUAAUUAUUUUAGAGGGAGGAUUGCUUACUAUGUACGUAUAUUUUAUAUCAUAUUAUGUAAAUGAGAAAAAAUGGAGAGAAGUAAUUUGCUUAAAAUGUAAAUGUAUUUUUAACUACUACUAAAGAUUUAAAAUUGGUUGUUACU